AUGGCGUAUGGAGACAGCAGAUCAGGACCGUCCAUCUUGGAUUCAUUCUCGCUCUCGCCUCUACCGUACCCGGUCCUUCUAAUCCUAGCCGUGGCUUCGGUGUUCCUAAUGACAUCAUGGUACUUGAGCUUCGAAGAUGCAGCAGAAUCCGCGGGAGAGCAAAUGAAUCUUGCUCUUCUCUUGAUCCCUCUCCUCCUCAUAGUCUUGGUUAGGUGGUUAUCCACCGUGGAGAAUCCAGACGCGUUUCUAGGGAUGUUUUCAAACCGUCGUCAGACGUACGGGAGUCCCAGCGCCGGGAAUGAAGGCGGAAGCUCGCCGUGGGGAGUGGCGGCGAUUAUAGUUCUGUUGCUUGUUUUGCUUCAGUAUCAAUCAAGUUUCUUGGGGAUGUGGUUUGGUUGAUUUAAGUGUAGUUCUUUUUUCUUUUCUUUUUAUGUUUUUGUCGUUUAUUUUAGUGCAAUAUAAAAAAUGAUUUUCAGAA